AUGUUGCUCACUCUGCUCUCCGCCGCGCUCGCAAAUGCGCUGAACGCGGCGCUUGCAAGUGCGCCGUCCGUCGUCUUGCGCUUGCAAGUGCGCCGGCCCACCGCGCGGAACGUCCGCCCCCUCCUUCGCCCAACCCCCGAGCGGGAGCCGCCAACGCGGUCUCGCUGGGGGAAGCCUCCUUCUCCUCCCACCCUGGCACCCCCCCUCGACCUGCCCCGAGUGCGAGCCGCCAACGCGGUCGCACUCGGGGUCACCUCUCGCACUGGCGCCCCGCCCCGCCCGCCUUCGACCAACCCCGAGCCCGAGCCGCCAACGCGGUCGGGCUCGGCGUCGCAUCCCGCCCCGCGCCCGCCUCCGACCAGCCUCUCGCCAGCCUCUCGCCCGCCUUCUCGCCCGCCUCCCCGCCUCUCGCCGCCUUCUCGCCGGUGUCUCCGCCUCUCUCCGGCCUCUUGCCCGCCUCCCCGCCUUCUUGUCCGCCUCUCGCCCGCCUCGUCUCCUUCUCGCCGGCCUCUCGCCCGCAUCCUCGCCUUCUCGCCCCCUCCGUUCAACGCCGCGCUCCCGCCUCCCCGCCUCUCCCCCGCCUCUCUCCCAGCCCCGGGCCCGAGCCGCCAACGUGGUCGCGCUCGGUGUCGCGCCCGCGCUCGCGCUCGCCCCCGCUCUUCGCCCAACGCCGAGCCCGAGCCGCCGACGCGGUUUCGCUCGGCGCUGCUUCCACUCCCCGCACCGAGCGUUGGCCUAGCGCCGAGCCUCCCUGUCUCGCCCCCUCUUCGACCAGCCCCAAGCGGGAGCCGCCAACGCGGUCGUGCCCUGCCGUGCCUCCCCUGGCCCCCGUUUGCCCAACGCCGAGUGCGAGCCGCGAACGCGAUCGGUUGGUCGCACGUGCUUGGUGUCCCCGGUAUGCCCCCUUUGAGAUCUCCGGCACACCCACCUUGCCUCGGUCGCACCGAACUGUCCUGCCCCAAGUAG